AUGGAUGGGGAGGCAGCCCCACAGAACAGCAGCCCUCUGGCCUCUUCGGCAGCUGUUCCUGAGCAGAGAAGCAGGAGGAAGAAGGGCCAGAAGAAGAAGCGGGCGAAUGCCAAGGCAGCCACCCAGGAGGGCAGCUCUGCCGCCUCCACAGCAGCCUCCUCAGAAGCCAUUUCCCAGCUGAAGCUCUGGAGGAGGAGGGGACAGAAGAACAUAUGGACUGUCGACCACAUUCAGGGGACAAAACUGAGGAUGAACAGGAGGAGAAGGCCCAGUUACCGCCCUGAGGACCAGGAAGCCUUCUACCGACUUCUGGAGGAUCCUGUUAUCCAGAGCUUCCUGGAGGCCGACAUUUUCCUCAAAGUGUCUGACAAGUACCUGCUGUCCAUGGUGGUGGAGUACUUCGGCCGUGUUGGGCUUCCUGGACACCUCUACAACAGGGUCCACUUCUUCCUGGCUCUCUACAUCGCCUCUGACAUGGAGGAGGACAACCCUACCCCCAAGCGCAGCAUCUUCCAGUUCCUGCUGGGCAAGGAGCACUGGCCCAACCUCUACAAGGAGUUCCUGAAGCUCAAGGUGGAAUUCUUCCACGCCAUGGGGCACCGAGCCUGGGUCACCCCAGAGCUGUGUGAGGAGAUCCAGGCCCAGAAUCCACACCACUGGGUCUGGAGCAGGGUGCGCCAGUGCGCCCCCUAG